AUGCAGGCCUUACCGUAUUUACAAAUCAAAGAGCCCGAGAGUGCUGUCUCUCCAGAGAAGAAAAGUUACAGAUUGAGUUUACACGAAGUUUCGUCCAAGACAGCUCAGUUCAAGGACGGACAAUCGAAGAGUGGAAGAAAUGUCAACAGACCGGUGAGUGGUCUGCAAACAUAGCAAAUACGUGUUAAAAAGGAUACAAAAUUGGCUAAACUUAAUAAUUUUGGAUUUUACAUGGAACAAAAAUAAUCUUUUGAAAAAUUUACACCACAUUAUUCUCGAACUUUAGACACCAUUGUUGAUACAACAGUUUAUCUGCUAAGUUUAACGUCGACUGAUCACAUUGGAAAUUUUACUGAAGUUUAGCCAAUGUGAGCCUUGAUUGCUUGCUGUUAAGUCUCGUCUAGUACGGUUGAUAAGAAGGUAAAUAUUGUGCAUUUUUCUGUACAGCUGUUAGGUAAUUUUUUUCUUAGAAAUUUGCAACGCUGUAGCGCAGUAACUUUGUGAAAUCAAACCAGUUAACAAAUUAAUAUUCAACUUUCUUACCAAAGGUAAAUUACUGAGAAACAAACUUUUAGAAAAAUUAUAGGCCAAUUUCUUUUGGUUUAAAGGUGUCGGUGAAAUGCAUUUUUGUCAUAUUUGGAGCUCUUAAUUUACUUGGAAGAGAUAAGUAUGUAGUGCCCUCAGGGUUAUUAUUUAAUCUUGAACAUUCUGUCUGUUGGGUGUUCUUGUUAUUCAAAUUUUUCUUUUACCCUAUGAGGUUUAUACAAAACAAAGCAAUUAAAUAGCCUUCAGAUAUUUCCAUCUUUCACUUUUAUGCAUCUUGUUUUAUUUCUAAAUUUGUGGCGGAGAAAAUCACAUGGUAUGUGUUGAGCUACUAACUGUGUUUUGAUGAACAAGAAAGCAGAAAAUUUUGGCAUAUAGUUUAAUCAACUCUGUUUCAUUAUGGUGGCUGAGAAAGGAGAGUUACAUGCUGAGUUUCUUCUUAAAAUAUCGUCAUCCCAGUGGGUUAGUAUUUUGCAAAUUAAGUUUUUAGUGUCUAAGGAGGUCACAUGUUGGGCUGUCGCUAUUCUAGAGAUUACUGAUGACGUCAAAAUGUGGUAAGAAUAGGAAAAUGGCAUUCAAGGUGCAGUCAAGUGUAUCACUGCUGUUUGAUAUCUGUUAUGAUCCAUUGUUGAACAGAUGAAGGUCAAUAAACUAAAUUCAUUCCAUAUUGACCUUCAUCUGUUCAACAAUGGAUCAUAACAGAUUAAAUUAAGUUUUUAGUGUCUAAGGAGGUCCCAUGUUGGGCUGUUGCUAUUCUAGAGAUUACCGAUGACAUCAAAAUGUGGUAAGAAUAGGAAAAUGGCAUACAAGGUGCAGUCAAGUGUAUCACUGCUGUUUGAUAUCUGUUAUGAUCCAUUGUUGAACAGAUGAAGGUCAAUAAACUGAAUUCAUUCCAUAUUGACCUUCUUAUAUUUUAAGAAGAAACUCAGCAUGUAACUCUCCUUUCUCAGCCACCAUAAUGAAACAGAGUUGAUUAAACUGCUUUCUUGUUCAUCAAAACACAGUUAGUAGCUCAACACAUACUAUGUGAAAUAAAAAAGCAAAGAGUUGUUCAUGGUGGUGUCAUCAAUGUGUCUGUCCUCCAGUAGAGGAUUACUAAGAAGCAAUUAAAAAUGCAUGGAUAAUUAAGCUUAGAUGUAGUAUUGGUAGUCUCCAUAAUUCUUCUCUAGAUAAAAAAUUACAUCUCUUAGAUUAACAAUAAAAGCUAAGUUUUCCAUUUGUCUCACGAUGUAGUCACAUGUGAUGUAGAUCGUGAUGUUUCGACUGCAUAAUGCUAGUCUUCUUCAGAUUGUCAUUUGCUUGAAGAAGACUAGAAGUAUGCAGUUGAAAUGUUACAAUUUACACCACACAUGACUACAUUGUGAGACAAAUGGAAAACUUAGCUUUUAUUGUUAUUCACCAUGAUGAAUAACCACAAUCUUUUUUAUGAAAUCUCUCAGUUUACAAACUAAAACUUAAAAAAGUAAUAAAGAGGUCAACAAUAGUAAAAAUAUGUAAAAAAAUUUAGAUGAUUUACAUAAGGAUUCUAAGAAUGGUGUGUAUUAACUUUGGGGCAAUGACAAAAUUUAUUUCCAAAAUUAUAAAUGUAAUUGUUGAUAAUUUAGAGUUGCAGUGGCAAAACUUAAAUUUAGGUUUGCCUUCUAUCAGUCAGCAGUCAGUACAUGCACUUGUAACACAUGACUUUCAUUAGUAGACUAAUGAGUGAAGGGGGAUAGGACAUUGUCCUUGUUAAGAUUCUACUAAAAUAUGACAAUUAAGGGAAAUCUGAUUGUAAUUGAAAAGAUUAAGAAGAAGACAGAGAGGGAGCUUGCAGAACUCUCAGUUCUUCAGUUGUUACUGGUACAUCAUGGGCUAGUCCUUAGGGAUACGUUUGCUUUCUUAUGAAUCUUGAUGAAAGCCAAAAGUCUGAAGAUUGAAUUUAAAAUUUUAAGAUUCCCUUAAAUUGCAAAGAAAUUCAUACAAUUGAAGUUACUUUGGAUAAUCUCAUAUGAUUACUCUAAUCACUAUUUAAAUGUAGCUUUCUCUUGAGUCCUGAUUUACAAAUGACUGUUCUUUACUUUUAAAUUGUUCUAGGAAUGUUCAAGGGAGAGCAAUGGACUUCUUGAAGGAACAAGUAGCAUUUACUUUGGUGAUAUUGCACCAUAUCGCACUCCUGCACAAUCACCAUCUCCAAGCAAAAGUUACAGAAGACCAACAAGGAGUCAGAAUCAAUCAUCUCUUCCAACGUGGCUGGAUCCUCUAGGAGUCUGGCUACCCAGUAAUAAGGUAAGAACUUCUCACCACCAUACACAAUUUCAGGCAAACUUUGGCAAAAUUUAUAUUACAGUAUAAAAGAUCUGUCUUUGAAAUAUUCUGCAAGAUUGUCGGUCUUAGAAUGUUUUGAAGAUCUGUAAAGGGCUGAAGAUAGAAGUAAUAUGAAAGUGUUUCUGUUUGCAUUUUUUCAGAAACAUUUAAAAAAUAUCCAUUCAAACUUUGAGCAGCAUUUCAUUAAAGAUGUUACAUUGAUUGUGUUAGAUAGUGUGGCUUUUGGUUUCUAUAAUAAUUCAUGUAAUACUUUCUAGUUAUGGAGUAUUUAUGCUGCAGAAUGCAUAAACAAUGUUGGGUUGUACAUUGCACAAAUAAUAUCUAAAUAUGGUAAGCAAUGCACUGUUGGUUUUUGCUUUGUUUCAAGAAAAUUGCCAUAGUUUGAAACAUAAGAAGAUGAGAAGUUAGUUGGAUUGAAAAAAUUUCCAUUAAAGAAAAGUGUGUCAUUGAAUUGAUGUUUAAAUUGUUUAAAAUCCAACAAAGUUUUUAUGGGAAUUCUCUUACCUCCUUACACAUCCUCUUGCAGGUUUUCUCACCCUGUCUUUUCCAUUCCUUUUGGAUCUUUGUUGCUGUUACCAAGUGAUUUUUAUACAAUAAAACAAACAGAGAAUGGAGCUAGACAAUUGCAGAAUAUAAUAAUUUUUUCCUAUCAUGAUCAUAAAAGGAUCAUACCUGAAGUAACUGUAAAAACUGUAGUGUCAGUGAUGUUGAUUCUUUCAUUGCAGAAGACUAACUGCUAUGAGACAUUCAUAAGAAAUGCUGAGCUGUUAAGACGCACCAGUGACAUGUUUUUGGUAAGCAUAGGGUGCUUUUAAUAUUGUUAGAACUGAAUCGAUCAUUCACGAACAACAUUAAUGUCGACGUUUUUCCUUGUUGAAUGUCGCAGUUAAUGUAACAAGAUGUAAGUGUUGUGGCGAAUGUAUAUUUUUUUGUUUUCUUACGUAUAGGUCGUAUGGAGUAACUUCAGAAUACCCUGCCACUUUGGUCCACCUCUGAGGCUUUCAAGAACGAGGCUUAACACAAUAGAUGCUAUUCUUAUUCAAUGACAUGUAAAUGAGUGGCAGGGUAUUCUGCAGUUUAGCCGGUCGUCUAUUUCUGCACCUAUUUCUUUACGCUUAUUCUUUUCGUUUUUACACCUUUCGUUUAUCCGCCAUCAUUUUCGCACUUUAUGUAAAUUAUGCCGCCCUUCCUAUACCAUGUCUCACACCCCUUGUAGCAGUGUGUUUUAUUUUCGCGUCGAUGUAAACCUUUCUCCCACGAGUUUUUCUUGUCUCGCAUAUUACCUCAGCAUUUGGUAAGUUUUCUUUUUGUCUCAUGGUAUAUUCCCAUUUAUUUUUCCCUUUUUGCAGUGUAUGCUAGUAUAUUUUCGUAAAAGUCGUUUUUCGGUUCCUUAGGAAGUAGGAAUGUACUUCUGCUUCACGUGCGUAUUAAAGAGUAGUUAAAUUCGAUGUUAAGUAAACGUGUUUAAUGGAAGUGGGGCCCUUGCCUCUUUGUGUAAGUAUUUAUUAAUGUUGAUUUGUGUGGUUUUUUUUUUCGUUGUUAAUACAGGAUCCCUGUCCACAUGUUCCAAGAUGUUCCCACGAAAGGACGCUCUCUGCUCUUAAACGACAACAACGUAGGAUGAAAACAGUGGAUGAUUUGAGGAAACAAGAGGUUUGUGCUCUACAUUUCAACUAAGUAAAAUUAAGAUACGUUUAAAUUAAGUGAUACUUUUGGGGAAGUUACUCAUCUCCUAAGAAUUUACAAAAUAUAAAAUCCGGGUAAGUCAGAAAAAAUGAAAAGAAAAAAAAACAAAGCAAAAAAAGUAAAUAGGUAAUGCUGAACUAAGAAAGAACAAAGAGGAAUAAGAUUGGAAAAUAUUUCUAUGAAUUCCAAAUGGUGAACUUGAAAAUUUAAAGUUCGAAACUCCGCGGAACUUUAUCCCGAUUAGUUUUUAAACCAAUGGAGAUUUUAUUUCUUUCAUGUCAGCGUCAUAGGCGGAUUGUCGAGAGAAUUCAAAAGAUUCGUGACAUGUGGGAUCAGUGGUCAAACCAAAGCAAGUCCUCAGGAACAGAACACGAUAAUAGACUGAACAACUUCAGGAAGAACCGAGGUAACAUUGGUUUAGUCAGACUGCAAUUUUUGUUUUCCGUAAACCAAAACCAAAGAUAAGAUCACGAGAGCCAAUGAAUACAUAGAGGCAAGUCAUUUUGACACGACUAGGUUCAGCUUUACAUCUCCUUGUGAUUGGUCGAGGAAGUGGCGCGAAUUUUCCCGUCUAAUCGUAGAGUGAGGUGAUCUGAUUGCUUUCAACACACAACUGAAAAUCGCUCCAGCAGACAGAGACGCGGGUUUAUUGGUACCAAGACCCUAGCCUGCGGUAACGCUCUCAUUGGCACCGCUGCCUGAGGAUCUCGAACUGGUUCGCGUUCCUUGGUCUAAGAGGGGUUGACCAAGACAGCUUGCAGAUCUUUCGCGAGACUCUGUGAGAUGCACAUGAAGUAGCAUCAGUAAGGCCCUUACUUUGUGCACUAGCAGUCCCUUUGCUGUUGUACAAAAGAUUAUGCUGCUAUUCUAUCUUUCAAUUUUAACAACCGCCUUCAGUGUAUUCUUGAGUGUUUCGUGCACUUUUAUAAUGAUUACCCUCUCUUUCUCUUAUUUUACAACAGAUGGUUACGUCGACCCAGAUGAAGUUAUCAAAAAGAAAAGAGAAGAAAGAAGAGAACGCGAAAAAGUUAUACGCCUCGAGCAAGCUAAAAAGAGGGAAGAAAUAUUAUCCAAGCAACGUUUUAAACUUCCUAAAAUAGUUGUUUCUCAGUACGAGGAGCCAGAGACACUUCAAUACUCCCGACCACAAAGCCUUACAAACGAGAGACAGAGUGUGUUACCAAGUUUGGUGAACAUUCCGAGUGGUCUUCAAAAUCAAAUCGAUAAAGGAAAUGAUGAAAGCGAGGUGGAGUCCCAGGGUAGCAAAGGAGUUUCUCUUGCGCUGCCUGAGUUAGAGAGCAGUUGCCAAGAACGGAAUUAUUUUGAGAAUACACAACAGGGUGAAGAGCAAGUCGAUAGGAUAUUGCCCGAACUUGAGCAGAAAGUUCCUACAAAGGCUGACACUGAUGUUACAGACUCUAUAUCUCAAGGCAUAGAAUGCAGUGUUGAAACGGUGGAAGGAAAGAAUGUGAAAACCCUAUUAGAUAAUAACAAUGUUGUACGGUUGGAUUUACAAAUAGAACUUGAAAGUGAUGUAGUUUCGGAAAGUGUAGAUGCAAAAGUUGAUGAACAGAUUGUGUUAAAUAGAAAAAAAGAAACAGUAGACACGGAAAGGUCUCACCAACAGCAAGAGGAGAAUAUUAAUUCAGUAGACGUAAGUAGCACAGAGGCGCUUUUAGAGAUUGAACAAGUUAACAAAACAGUAGGGACAGAACAAGUUUACGAAACAUUAGAGACAGAACAAGUAAACGAAACAAUAGAGACAGUACAAGUUAGGGAUACAGUAGAGCUGGAUAGUAUAGCAAGUGCUGAGACCAAGGAACAACCUCAAGAGGAGGGAAUUCAAAGUAGAGUGGACAAGAAGGAACUAAGUGAACAUGGUGAAGACAAAGAAGAAAUAAAGAAAAUAGUAAUGAAUUACCUUGCACCUCCAAGUGUUCCACUGCUGGCUGGUGAGAAUGGCUCUGAUAAUGGUGCUAUAGGUGAUGCAGAUGAUACAGGUAAUCAUGUAGUUGAAUUAACUCUUGAAGGAUCUUGGGGUUUUUUUUGGCUAAUCAAAAAUUGUCUAUGAUCAGGAGGAAGCCUUCUUAGUGAUAGUUCGCAGAGAAGGAGAAACACGCUAAACAGGGGAGAAGAAACCAAAGGGAAACAAGGAUGUAACUCUUUAAAAUCUUAUAUAAAAGUUCUCAAGAUGCGCAAAUGGCCAUGUAUUUCUUUUAUCAUUUCUUGUCUCUUUUCAUUUUGGGAAUAUCCUGGAAGGUUCAGUUGAGACCCCUCCUUGACUGUAUUUUCUCUACCUUCUACAACUCUCGACUUGACUUGCGCACACUCAUCCGUUUUUGGUGUGGUCUGCAAAUCUCUAGGCAAUGCUGUUUUUACUGAUUUAUGAAACUGUUUUUGUCAUUGCUUUGUUAAUUGUCUCUCCACACUCUUAAUUAAUACGUUUAUUUUUAGCUUCUUUGAUGGGGGCGUUUAUUCCCGUGGCACUGGGCGUUGGCAAUGGCUUAAUAACCAAUGAUGCAAUGCGAGCCUCUUCCGUACUGGAUCGUUACCAUGUACCUAGCCAGGCACGACUAAAUAAUACCAAACAGGGGAAAAACAGUGGAGCCUGGAAACCAAAAAUCAAUGACAAAAAGCAAUACCUAGAGGUGGACCUUGGAGCUUUGACGCUCGUUUCUCAGGUUUGUGCGUGUUUUACACAGUUCUGGUAGCAAUUAAUACAGGACCUCGUCGAAAAAUAUCAGUUCAGUGAACCUUUAAAUAGGAUACGUUCUUCUACGUAAUUUAGGUCGCCACUCAAGGUUGUCCCUCAGCUAACGGUGUUAAGACACAGAAGAAAGAUAAAUGUUGGGUGGAGUCAUACGUUCUCGCCUUCAGCACAGAUGGCUCAACUUGGCAACACUACACAGAGGAUGGCGUGGUGAAGGUAAUAAUUGAUUGUAGUCCUCUCCAUGUGGGAGCCACCUACCUACUUUGAACUGCUGGGCUGUGCCUGAGAGUUCCCUGUUACAAUUACGUGAACUUCUUUUUUGACGAUUAUGUGUGCAGUUGACAUACUCAGAAGUCUUCUAUUAGCAAUACUCAGAUUCACCUGAAGUUUUUUCAAUUAGAUUUAAGUUAUAAUGCACUCUGUGUAGAACAUGAUUUGAGUGAACAACUAAGCUAUAGGGGUCUUGGUUAUAGAGCCUCAUCUAAACACAAGGAAAGCUUGGAUGAUUCGAGAAGUUUAUGCAAACCCGAUAUUGCGUCUCCUAAACCCGGUCGUGUUUAGAUCAGGCUAUGUAAACACGGGGAAAAAAUCCUAUAUUGGUUUUAUAAAUUAUAUCGCAUAGAUAAUUAUAAACACAGACAGCGUGACAUCACAACCGUGUUUGCUUUCUUACAUCUACGCGCUAUCAACCAAUGAGAGCGCGUGUACUAUCUUAAAUAUUCUUUCAUAGUAAAUGGUAGAACAAAUUUAGUUUUCACGACUUAUAUUUUUUAAAAAAGAGAUUAUUAAACUUUUAGUUAUAUUUUGAUUACUUUAUACUAGUGUGCAUAUUACGGUAAUUCUUUAAAGUGAAGAAAGAGAAUCAGAAGAGGCAGUGUAAAUUUUUUAAAAAUUAAAAAUGAGGUUUUAAAAUGUUUCAUUGUUUCAUUUUCCACUUGUAUUGCAGCCUACAGUCAUGAUUUAAUUAAAAUUAAACAGCAUGGUAACAGAAAAUUGCUAAACAAUGGCAGGUAUUAUCACGUUACCCUCCUAACCUACAGUAACAUAGUUUAAGCAUUUAAGUUACUGAUAUCGCGUAUUUGUGUUUUACUUUGCUCAGUGUAUAAAAUAUUUAAACCAACGAUUUAAAGAAGAAUGUGUACAGUAUUCUAAAUGUACCGCUCCCAAUGACUUUGAUAAGAAUGCGAAAUAUUGUUUCUUCAAUUCUCCAUUUAUUAAGAAAUUUAGAAUUUGUGGCACAGGCCAAAAGAGUGGUUGCCUUGUAUUCGAAGCUGAAGUUAAUAUACAGACUUUUAGGUCCGGUUAUUUAUACAGGGUUUUAACCCAAACCAUGGUUUUACGCAAUCAGUGGGCCUCACGCUCUCUCUCAAAGAGGAUCGAUUUAAUUAAAUAAAUGUUCUUACAUUUUUAGCUUUCGGCACUCUUAACAUCGUUUACAUAAAAAGAUGUUCAGACAAAAGGUUGAGCUAAAUUGAGGAUUGUUUAGGACGCGGUUUUGUUAAAAAACGGCUAAACUUUGCUUAAAUAUUCGGCCCUCAAAGUAAGAAAACUUGUAACAGAUCAUCCUUGGUUGAGUUAAUACAUGACACGGUCAUCAAAAAUCUGGGUUCUCUAUCUUUUUUAUUCAUUUUUAAGUUACUUACACUAUAGGAUUUUGCUCAGUUAUUCGGGGUUCAGUCAGACCGAACUUAUUUAUCUGUAGAGAUUUUAGUUACAUCUUUUAUUUACUUACAUUGUGGAGUUUUGAUCAGUUGUGUAGGGUUUACUUUCACACCCCCUGGUAUGAAUAAGAAAAGACAACUUUUCAUUGCAGGUUUUCAGAGGAAACAGAGACAACAACACAGUUGCUAUUAACAGCAUUAAAAAUCCAGUGGAGGCAAGAUUUGUUCGGUUUAUACCACAGUCCUGGAAAAACAGCAUUGCCAUGAGAGUUGAAGUAUACGGAGAAGUUACAGGUACAUUGAUAUGAUAAUUUUAUUUUUAUAUAUAUAUUUUUUUCAAUGAGGUUGCGCGUAUUAUUUGUCAGAAUCGGUUGGUCAGAUGGGUUUAUUCACAAAGAGGAUAUGUUCAGUUAGUAAUAAGAACUGUCCCACGCUAACCCUGGCUCAAUCAUUUAAUUGGUAACUUGCAAUCACUUGUUUGAAGGAUAGUUUUCAAAUAAAUUCAAGGAAAAGCGCUCGAGAAGGGCUUUUUUUUUAUCUUAUAUUAAACUAUCUAAUAAAUGAGUUCGGACUACUCGUAAGCGCCACGCGCUGAGCAGGAUAGAUAGUUGUAAUGAUAGCACCAAGAAGAGAAGCAGAGUCGCAAACGAAGCAAGAAUUGUGUUACAUAGAGAUGCAAAAAGAGCGCUCAUGCUGGUCAUGCAUGAUUUGUUGUCACUCUUGGUGUGUCAGGAGCGGAUAGCAAAGGAAACGAGUAGUUUGGCUCUGGCGAAGGUGGUUUGAAAACAAAAAGAUUGUUUGUUGUGGAAGGAUAAAUUCCCAGAACAAACACGUUGCAUUAUUUUUGAAUAUUAAACAACCAAGCUCAGCAAUUUCUUGACUGUGCUUUUGAUAGGAAAUAUACCAACAUUUCGUAAAAUAGAAAUCUAAAUUUAAAUUAUUUUCGCUAAUGGACUAUUAAUUGAAAUUAAUGCAGAAAGGAAUUUGCUUGUCAAAUUGCGGUGUCGCUGAUUAGUCGAGAGGAUUGCGUCUUUACAGUGAUUGGCUAAAAGAUAAGUGAUUAUUGUUUUGCCAGUCUAAUAGAAAGGCGAGCACAACAAUUGAACGAACAGAUUAGAAGAUCGUUAUGAAGUCAUUACAUGCUUUACAAUCGUUGGCACCUUCGUUUUCAUUUUAGAGCCUGACUUGGCGAGAAACUCACCAUCUCCGCUACUUGAAGAAGAGCAAGAAAAAGAGAGAGACUUCGUCCAUGACGUUAUUUUGGAGGAAGAAGAACAACCAGAACUUGAGGAAUUUGUUUGUGGCACUGAAAACAAGGAAGUGGUGGUGGAAGAGGAAGCCUGGGAAGAGGAAACUGCGCAUACUGUUGUCGAAACAGCUUCACAGAUUCAAGGUAGAGGUAAGUUUCAAGUUUUUAUUGACAACAUGGGUUGACACGAGAUUUAGGAUCUUGAUUGUGUAAGUGAAGGCUUUUCUAUUUGCGUUUCAUUUGUGCAUUGCCUUGCUUAGAAAAACCUUAAAUAUUAUUGCUUCCGGGAUAAUUAUGCUGAUACCUUCGAUAAGUUGAAAUCGAAAGGAACUGCAAUUAAGUCACUAAAUGUUUAUAGUAGUUUUAUUGUCACUCUGAUUGGUUUGGUAAUUUUUUUUUCGUUCUUUAUCCUAAUCUGAAAUGAGCCAAUUCACGACAAGUGCGUCUUGAAAAUGAAGCCUGGAUUAUUUGACUUUCUAAUUCUCAAUAUAUGCCAGUGCUUUACAUCCUUGGCCAUCCCAGUCGCUCAUUAGUUUUCUAUUCAUUUCGAUGUUAUUUUUAACUCAUCAAUCUCAGUAAUCCGGCUCUUAUAGUUUCCCACGCGCCUAAUGUAACAUUUCACAAUGCGACAGAAAUUGUUGUGUAAAAAAACCUUUUGAUGAUUGUGGAUUAAAAUGCAAACUGACUUCAGCUUUCCAGUGGAAUUAUCGGCGAAGGUAUACCGCGAAACACACAAAUUUCCCUUGCCUUAGACUAGAAAGGUGGCGGAAUCAAUCGUAAGAUACUCUUUCGUUCGCAGUCACCCAAUAGUGGCGUUAUUGAACCCUAUCGUAAGUUCCGUUUGGUCUGUAUCUUUUUGAAACUUUAGUCCGACGAAGUACCAACAACAUUUCGAUUAAGGGUCGGUAACAAUGAUUGAAGCAGCCGAUAUGAUGGAGAAAGAGUUUUUGAAGGAAGCUCCUGUCGAUGUUAAGUUGUGACGCUUGAAAACAUUUUAAAAGAUUUGGUUAAAUUUGCGGUUAAAAUCGCAAAUAUAGCUUUGGUUUUAAAGUAUGCUCUUUCUUCUCUGGUUCAGCGAGUAGGCAAGAUGAACGAAUCUUGUGUUGUGAUUGGCUAUCCGAACGGGCAAGACUGGUUUAUCGACUCAUAAAUACUUGAAUUUAUCUUCCCCUCGCUUGACUCCCACAAACGCAUAUGUGUUUUCCUCUUGGCUAUAAAAAGACCUAAAACUGUAGAAAAAAUGGCAGCUUUCACGACAUAUUUGGCCAACGAAGAGCAUAUUUUCGAUGUUGUACAAUUAACAUAUCUUUUUCCUGUUUUCUAUUGGUCUAGUGGCUGUAGUAUCCCGGAGUUCAUCGUUGGACCUUGCUGUGCAAGGUGAAAAGGUGCGUCCUCAACUAAAUACAAGAUUUGUUCACAACAUGUAGAGUACGCGUUUGUGAUUGGUUUACUUUUUUACAGUUUAGGUCUAGGUAUGAGGUAAAUUAAAAAUUAAUAGUUAUCGGUGUUAGUGCAGGAAGGAGGUUGUAUUAAGGGGGUGUUGUGGUGCAGGGUACCAGUUACCGUGUAAAAGGCAAUAGGGAAAAGGAGGCGUAGCUUAUUGGUCUGAACCUCAGAAUCCGCGCAUUGUAUCUUUGUCUUCAGCCAGUUAAGGUAAUCUGACAAUUAGGCAGUUUCCGCGAUUGUUGAAUCACAACACGAUUUUGUCAACAACUUUACUACUUCAUUGUUUCAGCAAUCGCCUAAAACCAAACAAAAAUCCAAGAAGCCAAAACAGGAGAAACAGGAAGAAAACGAAGAAAAGAGGAAAAAGAAAAAGAAGAAAAAGACGAAGAAGAUGGCGAAAGAAAGGAAAGUGAAAGGGCGUAGUGAAUCUAGUCUUACUUUGUUGGAAGAAACCGAGGAGGAGGAAGAGGGAGCCUCGUCCCAAGAAGAGGAAGAAGAGGAAGAAGAACCUAAGAGAAACUCACCCAUCAUCCCUGAAAUACCCAAGAGACCAGGUACAAGUCGAUCUUUAACCGUCUGCGUUGCCAGCCAUUUUUAACACACGUAUGAUUUUACAACGGAUGUAUUAUUUGAGCAAUUUAAGAAAGCAUCCAGACUUAAUUUGAUGUAUUCUAUAAACCUUUAAUAAUUGAUCGAUUAAGUUAAUCUUGAUUUUAAUAUGCUAUUCAUGAGACCUUGAAGUUUCAAAAAAGCUAGAAUUUCGUGGGGCUAUGAAACUGGGUGUAACGGAAAAACCUUACUCCAAGGGGUAUUUCAAGGUGCAAGAUGAAAAUUAAAUUAAAUUCAAGAUGAAAGUUAAGCUGUUUAAGUUAUCAUUUUGAGUGGUAUUUACGUAGUCGCAUGUCAUUUGUACCCUUCGGUUUGUUUUUCUCAUUAAGCCUUAAAUGAUGUGUUCCGUAAUUUUUAUGAAUUCAAUUUUUCUCCAUCUUUUACCCCUAGAGAGUGUUACCCAGAUGCCGCCACCUCCUAAACGUAGCCUCAGCAUGUUUCCAGUGAGGAAAGAGAGCUCUCAGGAGCCGGCUAAACCAGUCAGGCGACGUGCGCAGACAGAUGACAGUAUUCGCAACGAGCUGAUGCGUCAACAGCUGGCGGAGGACAGGAGAAAGAAAUUACUGGCAGCCACGGGAAAAUCUAAGAGAGGGAUUCAAGUGCAGAGCCCUGUCGUUGAUAGUCACGGUGAUUCUGCUCAUUUAGGUGGGUAGAUUACUUUCUUCUGGCAGAUUGUAAAUUAAAAAAACAAAAUUCUUAUUCAAGUGAUAAACUAUCUCUUGCCCCGCAAAACAGUGAGAAAUACCUGUUAGCAUGGUUCUAAAUUGUGCGGAUUUGAUGCUAAAGUUUUCGAAGAAAAAAAAAAAAAUCCGCAGAAUAAACGCAAGAAUUUAACAUACUCAGUCAAAAGAAAACCACUGCAUGCGAAUGAAACCUUUAUUAUUCUUCUUCGUAGAUGUGUCUCUCCUCACUUGAAAUAUCAAUCUACAUAUCGUCUACCCAAUAACUGCCCUCUAUUUGGCUCGAAAAGUUAGUGGAGAAUCUGGAAACACUAGAUUUUAUCUCUUUGUUACUCUUCUGUUGCUCAAACAGAAAAUCGGAGAAAUCAGUUCCGAGCAGAAAUUUCAGUCAUCUAAAGCCAAAGAAAUUUGCACAUGUCUCGGGGUAGUUUUCUAGAAGUGCUCGUGCUUUUGGUUCUGAAAGUGAAUAUUCUUUCGUUCUCUGAGGGAUUCAUAGAGGCUAUAAUGAUUAGCGCCUAGAUUCCGGAUCGAAAGAUUCCCUCUUUGAUCCCUGACCCUUGACCAGAUUGAGGACAGUCUUAGAUUCUUGUUGCAGUGCCACGAUGAAGAGCCUCUCUUCACCUAAACCAGGGGCGCAGCCAGGAUUUUUCAAAAGGGGGAGGGGGGGGUCACAAUGUGUCAAACAGAGGGUACUCACUGGAUUGUCAUCUUCACCUCCACGCUGUGUUAUACUUAAUGUGACAACAAAAGGCUGACAAAGAGGGGGUCACGGGCACCCCAGGACUCCCCCCCCCCCAGCCUUAGUUAACGUAUGGGAAACCGUAUAGAACAUCAGGUUCAGGAGUUAGGGGGUUAAGGGGUAAGUUACUUGAAAUGGAUAAGAAACAAUCCCUAAGCUUUCCUCAAGGGACUUGCCUUGAAGAAGUGUUGUUCAUGUUAUGUGAAAUGAAUGAUUUAGAGGCACUUUCCUUUCUACUGAGAUGAGUUAAAGCUCUACUUUAUGUCCAGAUACGUAGGGAAGCAGCCUUACUUUUUGAAGACCAGCUAACCUUAUGUCUAAUUUUGCUUGCAGACGACUUUCUUUCAAAGUACUGCAUCAUAAGUGAAGGACAAACUAAUUACUACCGUCGUAUUUUUAAAACCGUAAGUAUGAUGAUUUGUCUCACACCUGCGGAGACAUGUCUUGGAUUGUUACAUUCACAAAAGGCUGUAGUUCCUGGAACUUCAAGCUCUUGUAGCCUUGUUGAUUUUAACACGAGAUGUUUUCCUUUUAUUUCUAUAGUUUGAUGAAGACAAGGAUGGAUUUCUAUUUCCCGAAGAUCUCCUUGAAGCCCUUGAAAGCGUCAAUUCAAGCCUGCUGUCGGACUCUCAUAUAAAUUAUAUUUACCGAGUAAGUUAUCUUGUAUCCAACGAAAUAUUUUUAUAUAAUAAGCUCAGUUAUGCACGCAUUCUGAUGGGUUCUCACUUAUGAUCUAUUGGAGGACACACGCAUAGAUGACGUCAUCAUUAAAACUUUUUUCCGUAUAUUUUAAUUCUUUAUUAUAUAAAACAAAUAGAUUUCAAGUUGCCGUGCGUCUGUUCAGUAGUAGAUCACAGAGGACGUCAAAAUGUGGUAAGAACAUCAGUGACACACUCGGCUGCGUCUCGUGUGCCACUUUUUUGUUCUUACCACGUUUUGACGUCAUCUGUGAUCUAUUACUGAACAGACGCACGGCAACUUGGAAUCUAUUUGUUAAACAGAGGGGACCCCAAAUUUGGUGGAUACCCUGUGUUGAGCGGACGAUAGCCACAGUCCUGUGGGUAUUUGCACUGUAAUGGUCUUGCUAGUUUCCUGAUUCAAAUGCUCUUCUAGCGUAACUGAGAAUCAUUCAUUGGAAUUGUCAAAGAUAGAGUAAGCUAUUUUUUCAGGUUAAACUAGACCUGAUGCUGAUUUUCCUUUCCUCUUCCAUUCGAAACUGGUGUGGCCAUGUUUAUUUCGUUUGUCUAGGUACUGGAAUUGUGUGAUUGCAGCUUGGACUCUGGAGUGGAUAUGAAGUUGUUUUCCGUGAUUGCUGCAUUUUCUCAGCGCGUCGCAGUGUUGGAGUACGUAGCUUGAGAUUAUUUUCAAAUUCUGUUUUUCUAAAUCUUGUUCAUUUUCAUAUCUUUACUGUAUAGUAAAUUGAAUGUACUCACAUGGUUUGCAUUUAUUCUGUCCCUUAGCGAAUUUGCAAAAAUAUUGAUUUCGAAGCUGGAUUUCAGAGAAUUGGAUUUGAAAUUGCAAAAAUCAAAGGUAUGACACAAAUGAUUCAUGGAAGUUCGUAAAAGUUAAGGUACCUGAAAGUCAAGAAUGCAUUUCUGGUGGAUGUUGUUUUGAUUUUUUUUAGUUUUAGAAUAGUUUACGUGUAACCGCACCCUACCCCCAAGGUGAAACGGAGGCGAGGGAACGCCUACGCAAACCUGACACUAAUCGUGUUCCGUGACAGUACGGGUACGGCUACACGUAGGCCAGUAUUAGAAACGAACGCGCAUAACCCGUUGGCAAACUGGGAAAUGCUGCCUUGUGUCGCAGUUAGAUGAGAAUGGUGUUUCCUGAGUCAAUUGAGAGUAGUGGAAUGAAAGGUGUGCUACCUCAGACAUCCACAGUAUUGACAUUUUUUACUUUUCUAUUUAGCGGUUGUUUCUGUGCUAUGUUGACGAAGCGACUAAGACCAUCUCGCUUGAGGAGCUUAUGUUAGGACUAACGGCUGGUGGUCUGUCAGAUGAUCAAAAAGAACAGACAAUGAAAAUCCUCGGCCGGACGGCCUCUUUGGACUUCUUGGACUUUUUAACAUACAUUCCGUUAUUUAUACACAUUCAUGAUCAUAUUCUACAAGAUCCACUGGGAACCGUUGUCUACCAAAGUAUGUUGACAGUUUAGAGAUCGCAUAUGGUGCUCGUCCUUAAUACCGUCAAGAGGUGACUUCCUUGGUUGUCCUCAACCAAUCAGGAAACGCCACACAACACUUAGACGAUGCUAUUGCCACAAAUCAUUCUAAACUGCAUCGCACGUUUUUUGACUUAUUAUCGGUAACACAGUCUUUCUGCUCUGGCUCGUGCUCUGAUAUCUUCUCAACGAGCGCAGUAGGAGAGUACCCAUUAUUCCUUGCGCACCUUUGUCACCCGCGUUGACUGCAUUCGUUAUGAACACGACAGGGGACGAUCAAGCCUUGAACGUCUCCAACCGUCAUCUGGUGGUUAUUUAAUUCUCGCAGAUAGAUUCGAUGCAUGACUUCCUCGAUAGAAAAGAACCUAUUGCUCAAUGUAGCAGGGAUACCUCGUUGUUCCUGAGGGAUAUGUUAUUGUGGGUAUUAGUUUGCUAGUUCAUUUCGGGAAAAUUAGUUAGUUUAUUUUAGCAAUGUUUUGGGACUUAUUUUCCCAGCUAUGUUUGAAAACGUUUACCGCUUAGCUCUGGUAAAUACUUUUUUCGCACGAAAAGUUUAACUUUGAAUCGAACAGGCGAAUGAAUAUAUGCCCUGUGAAGUUACUCAAAUUUCGUAUGUCAAUGGAAAUUGCGAGAUUUCGUUGGGUGUAAAUGCGUUGAGGUAUAAUUUAUAAUUAUUUAUUAGAAGAAUUUCUCAUUUUGAGAUUUCCCUCUGAACAAAGUCUUUAGAAAUAAAGGAUAAACAAGUUUUCACUGUGCACAUUUGCCAACUGUCUAAAGAUAGUCAAAAAAAUUAUUUAAGAAGACACCUGAUG